AUGGGGGACGUAACAACUGGAUUAGACAGUUUGUCUUUCGAGACUGAACUGACUGAAGAAGAAAGACGGUACAUUUCUCUUCGAGAAAAGUUAGUUAAUUCAACUUCAAUCCAUGGGCACUUUCCGACAAUGUGGGACGUAACAGCUGGAUUAUACAGUUUGUCUUUCGAGACUGAACUGACUGAAGAAGAAAGACGGUACAUUUCUCUUCGAGAAAAGUUAGUUAAUUCAACUUCAAUCCAUGGGCACUUUCCGACAAUGUGGGACGUAACAACUGGAUUAUACAGUUUGUCUUUCGAGGCUGGACUGACAGAAGAAGAGAGACGGUACAUUUCUCUUCGGUCACGCGCCGCUAGACUGACUUUUUGCGGGUGCGCGCACGCAGUUUUCCUGUGUAAACUCGUCCGGUCACUAAAGUAAGCUCAUAGACUGCAUAGUGGUAAGAUAUGCGGCUGUAGGUCCAUUGUAAAUUGUGCGACAGAAACUAACGGCUGUAAAAUGUGCAUCCUUGUUAAUGCAUAUUUAGAGACGCCAUCAACACCCACACUGCAACCAGAGGCUCAGCGGCAUCAGAGCAAGGAGGAGAUCUAUGCAUUGGGAUAGUGGGGAUGGGCAACCUGGGGAAUCAGUUGCUCAGGUUCCUCCUUGAAAAGUCAGAUAUCAAAUCUAACAUUAACAUUAAGAUCUGCAGUAGAAGACCGGAAUCUACAGGUACACUGGCAUAAUCAAUGUUGAUGUUACUAUAGCCUAUUACUGUAAUGCUGAGUGAGAAGGGGCCAUUUUUCAUGUAUGGCUUGUCAGGAUUCAGUAUGUGGUGUGUGUGUGUGUGUGUGUGUGCGUGUGUGUGUGUGUGUGUGUGUGUCAUUUUCAGUGAAAUAUACUCAGGCUGGAGUUGAGUGUUUCACCAGCAACAGCAGACUGGCAGCAUGGGCAGACAUAUUGUUCCUCUGCUGUCUGCCCUCUCACCUCCCCAAAGUCUGUGCUGAUAUCAGCUCUCACCUCUCAAAGCAGUGCCUCGUGUACAGCUUCAGCUCAGCUGUGCCUGCCACCAGGUAGAACCACAGUAACACUGCAUCAGUUUUUUGUUGAUCACUUCCUGAAUUCUGCUAUGUUUAUCUUCUAUUUCAGAUUGGCACAACUUCUCGGACAUGAUUUUAUCAUCAAACCACAGUAUGAAUUUUCGACCAGUGAUGAUGUGGAUGUUUGGCUGUCCUGCACUCAUCUGAAAAUAGCUCUGAAUGAUCCUGUACUGAAAGAGAGAUCUUGCCCGCUUCGAAUGAGCAGUAAAUCCUGUUUUAUUAUUACAGACCUCAAUAUAUUCUCUCUCUCUUAACAGAAAACAAUAUGUGCUAAAUUUGAUCUAUUAAGGCAUCACUUUAUUUGACAAGGUUUGUUGAAUCUAAGUGGUAUUUCUGUGUAUUCAGGUGGCAUUUCCCUGAACUGGGUGUGUGCAGUGUUGUACAGCUUGUUGAAUAUCUGCUCCUCUGCCAAUUUGGGAUCCAGUCAAACUUUAUGUCUGAUUAACAGCGUCCUUCAAGAGACAGACACACACAAAGUUGAACUAAAACCACAGACUGUCUUCUGUGCAUCUUGCGCAUCUUCUCUUCUUCCAGAGGAGUAAGUGUAAAAACUAUGUUGCACAUGAACACAUAUUUACACUUUGCUCAUCUUGUUUAUUUCAGUCAAAAACUUGCUUUGAUAAAAAAUGUUAUAAAUAACAAAGCAACUCAAUUAAAUUAUGCUGUAUGUGUUUUUUUUUCCCCAGGCCUUUUCCUUGGAUUUCCCUCACAGAUGCUCAGACCACGGACACCCCUCUGCAGCGCUUUCUAUCAAGCAGCAAACCAAUGCAACAGUGCAUCUCUGAAACAUAUAAAUAUCUGCUGCUAAAGUAG